AUGGAAGGCUACAGCGCUUCCGAGGAUCCAGGGCCGACAUUCUGUAUCGGUCACCAUGAGAACAAUCGUUCAGUGUUCGUGACCCCUCAAGUGGUGCGCAGGGUGCAUGAAAGCAAUUAUGAUAUGAUGACUGUCUCUAUCACGACACAGUACUUUCACUCUCGAGUCCUAAGUCUUCUGUCUUCUUACUUGUCUAAUCUUCAGUCGCCUACCUAUGAUUCUAUUGGCACUAUGGCAACUACGCGGAAUACUAGACCUUUGACAAUUCCACCACUAUCAAAGUCGGACUCUAACCUCACACCCAAUGAUGCAACUAGCCAGCUUGUUGGAGUGACUAGCAGUUGGAUUGACCUUUGCUCCCCGGAUCCCUUGAUUGCAGAUCUCUCUCGGCAGGUUCUCAUGCUGGAAGUGGCCUAUGCUGCUUUCUGUGGCAUCGGAUACUUACUUGUCCCAGGCCCCAAGCUUCACCAUGGGAGCUUACACUCAGAGGGUGUUGUUUACUAUGCACGUGCUAUUCAAGAUGCCUUGAAUCUGGGCCCGUAUAUUCAAUAUCAUAUCUGGUUCCCCAUGGUCGACAACCCUGAGCUUGAAGUGGACACCAUGGGUGAUUUAGCUCCCUUGGCCCGAGAGGAGUUCCUGCAGCCCGAUGAUGGCGUAAUGCCUAAAGUAGACCUUUUUGGAACUUGGGACGCUUGGGAUCUGAUUCGCAAGAGCUGUAAAUAUCACACGCGAUUGUUUGUAGCCCUUGCGAUGCCGAAACAGCUCCCACCUCUUUACGUUCAGUCGCGAUGGCACUCAGAGCCCGUGCACUUGCUCAGCAUUGAUGCAUCCUCAUUUCUGAAAAACCAGAAGGGAUAUCCAGUCUUGUCGAAAGCUCAUCAAGCUCUCAUCGCAAAGCUCAUGCGUCUUCGAACCCCGCCAUGGAUUAUUUUAUGCAACGUUGACCCAAUUCCAGGUUUAGAUGGCCCAGAGGACCCCGAGACAUCUCGACUGUCUGGCUCAGAUUACCCUAGUCUGUCACAGGGCGCAGUUGGAAACAAAAAACACAUUGACCUAACACCUCAUCUUUCAUAUAUACGUAACCUGCAGCAACGUCAGCCACCCCGCACCCCCAUUGAAAGAUUCGGCACCGGGUACCAAGAUUAUCUUCAAGCUCCUCUACAGCCACUCACUGUCAACCUGGAAAGUAUCACGUACGAGGUUUUUGAAAAAGACCCCAUCAAGUACGAAUGGUAUGAAAGAGCUAUUACAAAGGCCCUCAAGGACUGGGCAGAGCAGAAGAAGCCUACGUCUCAUCCUGAGGGCAAGGUCAUUUUGGCAGUCGUGGGCGCUGGGCGAGGGCCUCUGGUAAACAGGGCUAUAAAAGCUAGUGCUGAGGCUGGUGUAGAAAUUGAUCUCUGGGCUGUUGAGAAGAACCAGAAUGCGUUCGUUCUGCUCCAGCGCCACAACGAAACUAUCUGGGAUGGCAAAGUUAGCUUGGUUCAAUCGGACAUGCGAAGCUGGAAGGGCCCUCGGGUACGAAAGCAAGCGACAGAGGAAAGCCAAAAAAAUGUGGGCGAAUCCCUUGGAAUUGAGGAUUCUUUGCUGUAUACGCCCACGAAGGAAGAAAAUGACCUGGGCGGACCAGCAGGCUUGCCCAACUCGAACGGCCCGGCGCUUUCAUAUACGCAUGUCGACAUCGUUGUUUCGGAAUUGCUUGGAUCUUUCGCUGACAAUGAGCUUUCACCGGAGUGCUUGGACGGUAUCAACGACCUCAUCAACCCGGUCCAUGGAAUUUCUAUCCCUGCGUCAUACUCGGCCCAUUUUACACCAAUUUCUGCCCCAAAGUUACACUCAGACGUCGUGAACCAGACGGUUUCCAACCCGGCAGCCCCAGAGACACCUUAUGUUGUGAUGCUUCAUGCCAUCGACUUCUUGUCUACCGCUGAUUCGCCAGCGAAUGCUGAGGCAGCAAACCAAAAUGCUGCUAAUCGUUCUUCAGGCAUGGGCACGGGCGCUAUCACGGCAGCCACAGAAUUUCCAACUCCAUUUGUGCAAACCGCAUGGUCUUUCUCUCACCCCAAUCGAAACAUACCUGUCCAGCCGCCUUCAAGCUCUACAAUUCCUAAUUUCCACAAUGUUCGGCAAACACGUCUGUCUUUCCCUGCUCAGAAUCGUGGUGCAUGCCAUGGCCUGGCAGGAUACUUCGAGACCGUUCUGUACGGUGAUGUGGAGCUCUCAACAAACCCCGUUACUAUGGAUGAGAAGAGUGCCAGUAUGAUCAGCUGGUUCCCCAUCUACUUCCCACUGAAAACUCCUCUGAAUGUGCCCGAUAACGGUGAAAUUGUUGCCACCAUGUACCGUCAGACUGACGAUCGCAAGGUUUGGUACGAAUGGAUGGUGGAAGUGUUUGCCCUCGAGCCAACUUCCAAUUCGACCAAACUUAGCACGCCUGCUAUGAGCGGGGCUCACCUUGCAUCCCCCAGUGCUGAUAGCCUGAAAACCAAAUCCAACGGCCAAAAACAAGGUCACAGGUCCAUUCCACCGGGCUUCCGCCGAGUUAGAGUGGGGCUUAGUGACCUGCACUCAAGCAUCAAAGAAGGAUGCUUGAUGUGA